AUGGCUCAUCUAGACGGAAUGAUCAUCACCGAGGAUGAUCGCGAAGGCCCGCUGACCUUUGGCAUCGAGAUGGAAUUCCUAAUGCCCAUGCUUCACCAAAAAGACGAGGAUCCCGACCCUCACGACCCUCGUCCCAUUUUCCGAGCUCACAACGACGACGACGUUCAUUUCCCCGAAAAGAUUGACGCUUUCCUCAUGGACCAUCUUGGCAGCCUCGCAGGUGACGGCAUCACACUCCGCGACGAAGCCAACGACGAGUUUAUCGAGCCCCACGAUAAUGUGGUCAAGUACGAUGCAUGGCGCAUCAUCAUGGACAGCUCCGUCAAGGCGGGAGCAGAGGCCAAGUACAAGGCAUACGUCUGGGCCGGUAAAGAAAUCACCUCCGAGGUUCUAAGAACAACCGACCCUGAUGCGUACUACAAGAUCAUGGUUCUAUGCCGUGCCAUGCGCAACAUUCGAGUCCACCUCAACGAUUCUUGUGGUCUUCAUGUUCAUAUCGGACGUGGAGAUGAUGGCCUAUCUCUCAAGACCAUGAAGAAGUUUUCUGUCCUCGCGUGGAUUUCAGACGCCAUCCUCCUCGACCUCCAGCACCCUUCCAGAUGGGAUAAUAGUUACUGCAAGAAGAUGAGCCUCUACGCAAGGCUCAGCGACGGCCAUGUAACUAGAGGACAGGGAGACUUGGAGGCUAGACUUGACAAUGCCCAGAGAGAAGAUGCACUGCGUCACAUUCCUGACAGUCUCGAAGGUCUACUUUUGCACAAGGUCAAGUGUAUCUGGGCCACAACCAGUCUCGAGGAGCUCGCCAUCCUGAUGGGCAACACGAGUGACAUUCACGCCCGAAACCCGAUGCGUGCCGCCGUCAGAGGAACCUUCGGCUAUCGCCGAUUCCUGCCUGCGGGCAAAACUGGUGGAAACACCAACACCAUCGAGUUUCGCCAGAUGGUGGGAUCGCUGGACCCCCAGCACAUCAACAACUGGGUAAAGUUGUGCGUCGGCCUGGUCGAUUUCGCCAGGCUGUCGACGGCCGACGAGUUCUGCUCGUUGGUCGCCGAGGCAAGCAAGGGCCGCUACAACUUUGCCCAGAUGCUUCGGGACCUCAAGCUGGGCCAGGACGUGCCCUUUUGGUCCAACAAGGUCUUGGCCUAUGCCAAGAUCGACGCCGAGGUCUACGAGGGAAGCAAGGAGAGCUUGUUUCUCCGCCGCCUAUAG